UUUUUUAUUACCGAACCAAUGCCUUGAAGCAAACGACCCAAAGUGAAAUUUGAUCUGUGAAGUCAAUUUAGUUUGUCUUCACAAAUUUACUUCGAAAUUUUUUCCACUAUGGCCGGAAAUUGGCUACCACCGGCACAGCUCACCGGAAGUGGACUCCCUGUACUUCAACCAGGUGAAGUAGAAUGCAGCCUUCUCCCUUCAGUAGACCUUCUUUCUGAAGAUAACCCCACUUUCCCUCACCUUAAAUCUGGUCUCAUUAUUCUCACAACUCACCGUCUUUUAUGGGUUCAAGAAUCACCCACAUCUCGAAACCCCACCGCCAUUUUCAUCCCUCUUUCAUCCAUCACCCAAAUCUUGUCUGUUAAAAAAUCCAUUAAGUCAAUGUUUGCUAGUCCAAGAUUUCGAUUCCAGGCUUCAUUUGGUGAAAAGGGUAUGGUUGUGAUUACUUUGGUUAUUAGGGGAAAAGGGGAUGUUGAUUCGUUUGUAGAGAAGUUUUGGGAAACAUGGAGAAAGAGGCCUUGGGAAGUAAAUUCCGGGUCGGAGGCUUCAGGUUCGGGUUAUGGGUCGGGUGGUGGUGAUGGAGGAUUGGCGGUGAGGAUGCCUGUUGUUGGGGUAGCUGGGAUAUUGAGGAAAGAACAGGAAAUGUGGGAGAGUACUGAUAAGAGCUUGCAGGAUGCUUUUCAGGAUUUGAAUGCUCUCAUGGGUAAAGCUAAAGAAAUGGUGAUGCUAGCGGAGAAAAUGAGAGCAAAGCUUCUCUCUGGCUCAACUAGUCAGGCCACUGGCACAAAUGAUGAGGAAAUUGGCACCAAAGAAGAAAUGCAAGAAUUGCUAUUAAGUGUUGGUAUUGUGUCUCCUGUUACUAAAGAAUCUGCUGGUGCUUUGUAUCAUCAACAAUUAUCUCGGCAGUUGGCAGAUUUUGCGAAACUUCCACUGGAGAGAGCUGGGGGAAUGAUUAAUCUCAUUGACAUCUAUUGCCUUUUCAACAGGGCUCGUGGAACAGAAUUGAUCUCACCUGAUGAUUUGCUGCGUGCGUGUUCUCUCUGGGAGAAGUUUGACGUACCAGUUAUGCUUCGGAAGUUUGAUAGCGGUGUCAUGGUCAUCCAGAGCAAAAGCCACAGUGAUAAUGAGGUAUUUAAUAGAAUUAGAUCUAUGGUUACUACACCGGACGCUUUACGAGCAGGAAUCACUGCUAGUGAUGCUGCAAUGACUCUGGGAAUUGCUCCAGCUAUGGCCAAAGAGCACCUUCUUGCAGCCGAGGGCAUAGGACUUCUAUGCAGAGAUGUUAGUCCAGAUGGAUUCAGGUUCUUCGUCAAUUUGUUGCAAGAUGUUGAUGCUGAUGAUAUAUUCUUAGUGAAAGAUUAUGGAAUCUAUCAUACAUGGGUCAAAGCGAUAUCUGCUGCCAGGUGAAAUAGAAGAAGCAUGAUAAAGAACUUCAUGCAUCAGUCAGGAUGCUCUUUAAGGGCCAAUUUGUUGCUUUAGGUGCCUCAUGGAAAUUUAUUUUAGUCAAAGCUUGAACGGGAGAUUAGAGAUAGGAUGAAUAGGGAUAAAGAUAAGUGCUCCUCCCGCCCCCACUUGAAGAGCCAGAAGGGGAUAUCAGAAGGUUGGAGGUUUGCCUAGGUUUUGCGUGUUUGAGUACUCGUGGCACAGGAAUUGAGUUGAAAUUUCAUAAUUCAUCAUGAUAAGGACAUAGAAGGUAAGGCAAUAUAUGGUGGCACCUGAUUCUAGUUCCAUUACAAAGAAAUAAAGAGUUAAUCUACUCAGGAUUAUGAUUUUAUAAGAACAGCAUCAUUCCUUUGAAUUGUUACAGUUCCGCAUGCAAGGCACGAAGAUUCUUUACUUGUACAUUUGAUAAUUGAAUGUACAAAUAGUUCACUGAAACCUACUAGAUCUGUUUAAUUGCUUCCCACCGGGUUUCCCGUUUAAUAAAACAUCUACUCUUGGAUUUGAAGUGUAA